UCAAAAUUACUAAGAACACGAUAUGAACUUUUCAGCAUGACAGAACAAACAAAUCACCUGCUGAGAACCAUGUCACCGAUCUGCCAUUUUGCAAACGCACCCUUCAAACUAUUGCCUGGUACACUGUCGCGGCCACCAUCAUUCUGGGUGGCUUCCCUGACACAAAACAUAUUCCAGGACAAAAUUACAAAAUGGCUCCACGUUAUGAUACAAAGCCUUUCAAAUACAUCUCAAUUAUACCAAUACGUUUACAUAGGCCUAUCGCAUAGAAAAUCUCACACACUGAAUCGAAAACACUACGUUCUACGUUCUUCGAGGUGCGAAGAUUCCAAGUUAACAACAGUAACGGACUGGAACCGGAUCUCAGCUUUUUUCCCCUCAAGCACAAGGUAAUAUAAUGUCCAGAUGAGAUGCGCUUUGCUGAUCCCUAUUGGUUGGUCUAAAGUCACCGCAAAAUGCGUGAGUCACGGGUUUGCCACUGCGCGCUUGAUGUCACCGGGAAUUCACCAUGAACUUUCUGCUAACGUGCGCAUUGGCCUAUCGGGCCCAUAUCAAGCGAUUGCACGCAUGUCAUGGACAGUCUAAACGUAUACGAGGAUUGCCACGUACAGCAACUGAAUAAAAUACAGCACAGCCACUCGGGCGGUAAUGUGAACUGUGGACAGGAUGUAAAACUUGCCGACGCGGCUAAGAGAGAACACAAACUACGACAAGUCGACGAGUGAACGUGGAGAAAACGCUGCUGCUUAAGAAGAGCACGAAUGGGUUGGAACUGAUUUCCUCUCGCGCUUCUGAACUUUUGUCAGAAAAUACAAACCCGAACUCAUCAAGGAAAUGGAUAACAACAGCAUUACCGCAAAUGCGACAGAAUCUUGGACGGGAAAUGGUUCGAUGUCCUCCGCCUACAACAGCACCUUAGUCACGAUCCCCGACUUCGAUUUGGGACAGUGCAAAGAUUUUCCAGCGAAUGACAUUGUCGACUUGAGAGAUGACGAAGAGCAAGCUGCGACGUACGUGUUAAAGGAGAGCUUAAAGAACACCAUGCUGCCGGUGCUGUACACCGUACUCGUGGUAGGUGUCUCUGCCAACUUGGCGUUUUUCUACGUCAUUGCACGCGUGCCCCACAUGAGAAAUAACACGAACCUUUUCUUGGCCAACUUGGCCGUCGCCGACAUCGCGUUCAUCGUUAUUUCUGUGGCCAUGUACGCAACGUACUUUUCAGAGCCAGUGCGAAGUAACUACGCCACAGCGCAACACGUAGGUUGCAUUGGCGCCUUUGUUGGUCAGUAUAUCACUUACUACGCAUCAAUCGGUCUGGUGACCCUUGUCACUGCUGAGCGGUAUGCGUCAAUCUGCCGGCCGCUAAGACACCGGUCAAUGAACACUCGUCGCCGAGCGAUCAAGCUCAUCAUUAGUAGCUGGAUCCUGUCCUUCAUCCUGAGCGGCGUUGCUAUGCUCCGCUAUCUCAAUCUCGAUCUGAAAUGCAUCAUAUGGCCGGACACAGAUCGAUUCCGUGGCUUGUCGGUCAUCGCCGGCUACUGCCUCCCGUUCGCACCCUGGGGUCUACUCCUGGCCAACCUGACAGAGGCAAUCCCGUUCAUAGCGGCUUUCGCGGCCAACAUCUGCAUGUACGUCGGCAUUAUCAGGCGUCUGAGCAACCGGUCCGUACUCAAGAUCAGCAAGGACAACCAGGCAGCCAGUCUGUCAUUGAAGGCACAUCAAGUCCGCCGACAGGUGUCCAAGAUGCUGAUCGUCAAUGGCGUGAUCUUCUUCCUCUGCAACACCCCAUUCGUGGGGAUCUCCCUGGCUUUCAUCGUCAGCCACCUCCGGGGAGUCCCUCUGCUGAAAAUCUACGAAUCAAUGGCCGGGAUGGUGGUCAUCAGCCACGGCAUGCUGUUCCUGAAUUCGGCCAUCAAUCCUUUCGUUUACAACGUUACCAGCAAGCACUACCGAGAUGCCUUCGUGGACGCUUUCUGCUGUGCCGAUACCAGCGAGAGGCCUCGGCUCGACAGCUCGUCUCUUGCGGUGGUGUCGGGAAGCAAGAAGCAGCCGAUCGGGGAGAGACAUUCGAUAAAUCAAGUGUGACGUUUUAUCAAAAGUGCACUGUUGCCAUCGUAACUGCAACCACAUGACAGUGUAGAGAUGUACUUGAAAGACUUCUCCAAAAAGCUUGAUUUUCUAGACUUGCGAUUUUUGCUAUUUGUUUGGGGAAAAGGAGUUAUGCUAGUAUUACAACUUGGAGAAUGACUCAGAAAAGGUCACAACAUGCAAUUGUAGUUAUUGAUAGCAAAGGUAAUGUCACCCAAUGACUUAUAUCUACUAUUGCAGUGACAGGAACAUUGGUAAUGUGUCAGCUAUUAAUGUCUUUGUGAGAUAUAAAUAUUUUCCCAUACAAUGUGAAUAUCUUUAUUAUGUAUUGUGUAUAUUUUUUGUCAAAGUUGAUAAUUGAUGUUGCAAAUAUCUAUUUAAAAAAUGAAAACCGUUACUUACCGGUAUUCAAUAAUCUAUGCUAUAAAUAAACACUGAGUACUGAUCACAG